UCAUCAUCUUCCUCAUCCUCCUCGUUGCCAUCAGAGAGAAGGGGAAUCCCUGGGGCUUCUUUCGUCGAGGACGUUCAGACCUAUCUCUCCCAGUUGGGCCUCGAUGUCAACCAAACCCUAGCUUUUCUUCAAGAAAGGCUUCAACAGUACAAGAUCGUAGAAAUGAAGCUCCUCGCUCAGCAAAGAGAUCUUCAGGCGAAGAUACCAGACAUUGAGAAGUGUUUAGAUAUUGUUGCCACACUACAAGCCAAGAAGGGUACUGGUGAGGCUCUGAUUACUGAUUUUGAAGUUUCUGAAGGAAUCUACUCACGAACUCGAAUAGAGGACACAGAUUCCGUGUGUCUUUGGUUGGGAGCAAAUGUCAUGCUAGAGUAUUCCCUUGAAGAAGCAGAAGCCCUUCUUAAAAAGAACCUGGAAAAUGCUAAAGCCAGUUUAGAAGUCCUUGUCGCUGAUCUCCAAUUUCUAAGGGACCAAGUGACAAUAACUCAGGUCACAAUUGCUCGGGUAUACAACUGGGAUGUUCAUCAGCGAAGAAGCAGGCAACCCGCUAAAGAAACCUGAUAUUCUGUUCCUCCUCAUUGGAGCUGUUUAGUUGAUUGUUCGCUUCGUGGUGCCUCUUCCGCUUAUUGUUUCAGUGUAAAAUCUUAAAGCUUGCAGAAUUUGAUGUGUUUACGCGUUGUCGAUAUGUUUCCUUUACUAGAGCCUUUAUGGUAUAGUUUCAGGGGAUGGUUGAUGUUUUCUCCGAUGUGAGAUUGAGAUGUAACAUUUUGCUCUGUUCUCCGAGAAUUUCUCUGUGCUUUUUCGUCGGAAUAUUUAUUUGAUGUUUCCUAUUUUUUUUUAGCGUGACAUGCAAUAUUUGCCAUCCUUUCUGCCAA